AUGGAUGGGCAGGGAGAGGUAUGCAAGGAGGCGUGGGGCCCAGCGCACAGGAAAGCCAGCGUGAGGCUCAUCAGACGCGACGAGCGCGGGAAGCCAGACCGAGCAAGCCCCGAGCCAGACCGAGCUAGCCCCGAGCGCCACCGGAAGCCAGACGGAGCGAGCACCGGAAGCCAGACCGAGCGAGCGCAGGAAGCCAGACCAAGCGAGCGCUGGAAGCCAGACCGGCUGCUCUCACAGGAGCUGAGGACCCAUUUUCUAAGAGAGUCACGCGGUAUCAGUGUCUAUAGGUUCUGUGAGAGAGCCACGUCAGGGGUCCCUAGGUUGUCUUUGCACUCACCAGGUUCAGGGGUCGCCUUUAGCUUCCCAGGACGGCCAGCCAUGGCACCCGUCAGAAGGAAGCGCCGCAGGAGGGCUGCCAAGACCCAGCUGAAGGCUCAAGUUAUGGCCUCCCAGGACAAGGAGCAUGCAGGAAAGGAUCCAGUAAUUGAAGAACUUGAGGAAAGAAACAGUUUUACAGAAACAAAGGAGGAAAAUGUAACUGCUGAGCAUGGGGAAAGAGAACCUUUUGCUGAGACAGAUGGAUGCAAGGGGUUUGAUACCAAGAAGCUAGAAGAUAUUGCAGUAGGUUAUGUGAAUUUUCAAAACUAUUCUGUACAUAUCUGCAUCUCUAGUGAACAACAUAUUUUACUUGACUGUUCCCUAGGCAGGCAGAAACGUGAUUACAGACAUACUCUGAAGUUCCUGCAUGUCCUUGAAGAAUACAUUGCAGAGGAGCAAGAAGAAGAAGAAGAAGAAGAAGAAGAAAAAGAAGAUAUAAUUAAAACAUUUCAACGACAACAGAAGAAGUGGCAAGAAUAUAGAAGGGUUAGGAUAAAGAGGCUAAAAGAGAUGAAGCAGCUACAUAAGCAGUUCCUAAAGGCUACCAAGGAGUCUGAAAACAGUUAUUACGGCAUUUUGUCUGAUGAAGAAAGUGGACUCGAAAACUAG